AUGUGUUUUGCUUCCGAACCUGCCACAGUCCUAACCAACAUACGAUCCUCACUGGAAUGUUCUUCCAAAUGUUCUCAUUAUGUUUCUCCCACUGAUGGUAACAUCACUUGCAACGCAUUCAACUACGUAUCCAACAAUGCUACGAGAAAAUCCUGCAACUUUCCAUUCACCUUCAACGGUGGACUCUUUUACUCUUGUUCCAACUCACUACCUGGUGUUAAUAACUCUUGUGGUCUCUACAUGUGUCUCACCGGUAACAGGCAGUUGUCCGUCUGUCUUGACCCUCUAGCUUACACUGCCGUCAACCAAACUGUUUCAUUGAACAUCACAUCGUUUGCUGAUUCAACUCCUGUCACGUCUGUUAAUGGCUGGAUUGCCAUUCCGCAAAGGAUUGAUGGUUCGCUUAGUUUCAACAAACUUAGGAACUCUGGAUUUGGUAUAUACGAUGGAAAUUAUUGGCUCGGUUUGGAAAAGAUGCACAUGUUAACGACGUCAGCCGAUUACAGAUUGAGGUUCGAAGUUCUCGUUAAUGGAGUCUGGACUUCUGAUGAAAACGAUCAUUUUGUGACAUCACACACACUGAACUUGCAUAGGAUAGGCCAGAACACCGUGCAGUCGAACCCAGCAGCAGCACAACAGGACAAGGCGCCUUUAACAAUUAGGCUAUCACGUUAA